CGUGCAGGAUAGCGGCCCUCGAGGACUGGAGUUUGACACCCCUGCAUUAGGGCCAGACACACAACUAGAUCAAACAAAGAAAAUUCUAAAUAUAAACACUUUUGCUGCAACUAAGAUAAAUCUACGCUGCCAAGUAUUGGCCCUGUCCUCACCCAGUUGUGGCUCCAUGCAAAAGCAAAAUCUCUGCCAACGAAGAGGCUAAUGAAGAAUAUUUGGUUGACCUCAAGGAAGUUCUGUCAAACCAUUCAGUGACAGAAAAGGAAAACAUCCCAGGCUAUGCUUGUUUGAGUGGCAAACUGUUGACCCAGAAUGGGAAUUUUGUCAGAAGGAGGAGUCUCCUUAGUCCCGUGUCCGUACCCAUCUCUGAGGAGGCAAAUUUUGAGUGACCGAGGAAGUCGAGAUGGAAGACAGUGCACAAAGAAGGAGCCAAAGGCCAUAAAGAUCUGCAAGGAAUUUAAGACCAUCAAUGAAACGUGCACUGCAUUCAUCGACAGACUGAGACGACUGAAGAGCGGAGCUGACGUGAUGGCAGAUACCAAGGAGGAGAAGCUUGAGGGAGGCAGAAGGAUGUCUGGAGUCAUGAAAGCACCAGAGGGUGGCUGGGGUUGGAUGAUAGUUGCUGGGUGUUUCCUCGCCACCAUCUGCAUACGUGCAGUGACCAGAUGCAUCUCCAUGUUUUUUGUGGAGUUCCAGAUGCAUUUUGAGAAGGAUUACGCCUCCACGGCUUGGAUCCACAGCAUGACUGACUCCACCACCAUGCUAUGUGCUCCUCUUGGUAGUUUUCUUGGCAACCGUCUGUCCUGCAGAGCAACAGUCUUUUUGGGGGGGCUUCUGUCCUCUGUUGGGCUGGUCCUCAGCUCUUUCGCCACCAGUCUGGAAUUCCUCUACAUCUCUCUGGGAGUAAUUACAGGUCUUGGCUUUGCUCUCAGCUACACACCAGCCAUAGCGAUGGUUGGAAGCUACUUCAAUGAGAGGAAAACUCUGGCGUAUGGCAUAUCUAUGUCUGGCAGCGGCAUCGGGACCUUCCUUCUGGCUCCUGCAGUUCAGCUGCUGAUUGAACAUUACUCUUGGAGAGGGGCAAUGCUCAUCCUUGGGGGGUUUGUUUCCAACCUGUGUGUUUGUGGAGCUCUGAUGAGGCCACUGGAACAAAAAAACACUGAAAGGAUGUGGAAGAACAGCCUGGAAAAUGUGGUAAAAGCCCGUACGACAGCUGUUCUGGAAUCUGAAUUUACUGAACCAGUAACUGCUGACUGCAGCCAAGUUACGCCAAAACAGCAGAAAGUACACAACCUAAAGGACACGCUUGACCUUGUCAUUGCCAUUGGAACAUUUCCAAGUUUUGGAUAUGAAAACACCAGACUUCAGAGGAACAUAACUCUACUACCAAACCCGGAGCUGCCUGAUAAAAGGAACUCAGAUAAGAGGAUGAAUGAAUGCAUUCUGUUUAGCAAUAAAAUGGAAACAAUGUUAGGAGGAAUGGAAAAAUUGGAUCAAAAUGGCACCCUGAUCAAUGACUUACAGCUGGUGGAAAGCAUCAACUCAAACAAUACAUUAGUAGCUACUAAUUUAAAAAGACAACAUUUAGAUUUGAAUGAAGCAAACUCAAUAGAUGACAUUGAUGAAACGGUUUCUACUGAACCUUUGGUGAACUCACCGCCGUUGUCCAGAUGUCAGCGUUUUUGUCUCAAGUUCAAGGAGGAGUUUGGCUUCUUUGUGAUACCCAACUUCUUGAUCCUGUCGGUGUCCUUCCUGUUUCUGGCAUAUGGUUGUAGCGCUCCAGUAGUUUACCUCGUUCCUUAUGCCCUGAGUGUGGGAGUCAAGCAUCAACUUGCAGCCUUCCUCAUGUCUUUAUUUGGGGUCAGUGGAAUUGUUGGCAACAUCACUUUUGGAUGGAUCACAGACAGAAAGUGUCUGAAGAGAUAUCGCAUCCUGAGCUACAUUUUGGCAAUAGUCAUGGAGGGCCUUUGUUGUAUAGCUCUCCCUUUCCUUCAUUCCUUCUCACUCCUGGUUCCAUUUUCCACGCUCUAUGGGUACUUUGAUGGGGCGUAUGUGGCACUAAUACCAGUCGUGACCUCUGACGCUGUAGGCUCCUCCCAUCUUACGUCCGCCUUGGGUGUGGUUUACUUCCUGCAUGCUGUCCCAUAUUUAGUCAGCCCACCGAUUGGAGGUUGGUUAGUAGACCAAACAGGAAAUUAUGCAUCAACCUUCUUCCUCAGUGCAGCUUCCUUCAUCCUCAGUUCUCUGAUCCUGGUGACUGCUGUUUCACUCAUGACGCUGCGAGGAAUGGCCUGGAGUGAAGAACAACAUCCACAAGAACCAAAACGGUCACAACUUGUCCACAAUUUUUUACAAAAGGGAAGUUGUGGCAGCGUAUAAUACUGUAUAUAAGAUUUUAUUUUUUUCUGUUUGUUUGUUUCAUACCUUAAAUAUUUUGUGCAGAAUGUUUUUGUAAUAAAGUCAAAGUUUGCAAUGUCCUGAAUGACUUCAA